AUAAAUAUAGACAACAUAAUCAGCCUCUCAUCGAAUUCCUAUCACUCAGCACCAACGCAAUCAACGCAUUCAACAUUUACUUACUAACAACAAUCCACAACACUCAAUUUACUAACAUCUCCAUUUAAAAUGAUGUUCUACAAUGUCAGCCUGAUGGUUUACCGCGACACCGCAAACGGCGUACGCGAAAUACUAGUGGGAUAUAAUGCUUUCGCUGAAGAACGGGAAUUCUACCUCCCAUCCCACUCACUUGACGCCGAGCGCGAGCUUGACCCCGAGGAGGAACUCAUCCCCAGUGUCCGGCAAUUUAGUCUGCAGGCUCUUGGGAUUGACAUCCCAGAGAGCGCCCUAAGCCUCGAGGCAUCGGUCACGAUGCACACUGACGACACACCACAGAGAAACGUUCGUGUCUUUCUAGUGGGCUCCACGGAGGAGUUCGAAGCUCUUACUCAACGAUAUGAAUUCCGGGGGUUGAGGUUCACUUUCAUGCCCGCUUCCGCUAUGCAGAAUCUCUGGGUUACGCCGAAUAUUGUCGUCCCGCGAGAGGGUGUCAUCCUCACUUUGGAUAGAACUCUGGAGAUAUUGGAGGAGUAAAUGGCUGAGUGGCAACCUACUGGCUAGGACAUUUAUGCCUCCAUAUUUACUAUGAUUCCUUACUAACCCACUCCUUUCCUAGCUUAAAAUAGACAUACCUUGCAAUAAAUUACCUUGAUAUAGAUCGUCUUUUUCUUGUUAACUCUUUGUGCUUGUGAAUGACUUCUAGCUUUUCAACC